UAUAGUCGGUUACGAUGUAAUUAAAUAACCCGAUCAGGUGCUUCCGAAUGCGGGGAACUACCCCGUCAGCUGACCUUCCGGUUUUCCUCUUCGAUCGUCAUCAGUUCAAUUUGCUCGGCCGCGUUUAUCCCUCGUGGAAAUUAUUCGUUGAGCUCUCUUCUCGCGCUGCUCAUUCCUUCGCGUCUGCCUGUUUAAUUCCCUUCUCGCCGUCUUCCUUUCCAUUUUCUCUCCCUCCUUUCCCUCUUACAUGCUCGCUCGCAAAACGUUAGACCGUUGACCCUCAACGGGUCUGCUCCCCACGCUAAGGCCCCUUUAGGUCUGGAGGCUGAGACACCUUAUCUGCGGUUGCUCUCUAUAAGUCUCCAUUCGCCCUUCAUUUUUUCCCUUUCCGUAAGACCCGUUUCCGUUUUCGCGCCCUCGCGUCCAUGGUGACCCCCGAGUCCGGACCGACCGCGAGGUCAGGCCUGGCGAUUGUUUGCCCUCAGACCCUACCAGCCUCGUCCGAGGCCGUUUCCAGCAGUGAUGGGGGCGAUGCUUCACAACUUCCGCAACGGUCCUCGGCUUCUGCACCUGUAGACGUGCCUUCCGUAUUCAACUCGGGCAUACCAGGCCUGCCAUCUCUGCAGAUUCGCACCGAUCUACCCAACAUUCGUCCUACCAGCUCGCAUCGUGACUCCGAUUUUUUGGCGUCAACCAGUCUCUCCAGCAGCCUCCUGCAGCGCACCCCGAGUUUGCGCGCCCUCGCGGCGCCUCCUAUGUCGAGCGCCGGUUCUCUAUCCCCAGCCUCGAUCAUUUCAUCUCCCCAACUCAACGCGAUGGGCGACAUUACCCCAUUGCCAUCGCCUAUCGGCGGGGCAGCACCUUGGCGGCGCGGGGACUUGCCGUCCUUAUCUCGCACGUCCUCCACCGCGUCGCGCAGCGCUUCUAGUAUACGACUGAGUGACUCAUCACAAAUGCUAGGUCCUCCGGUCUUGUCGUCAUCGCGAUCCCGAAAUAAUAAUAAAGCAUACAAUGGAUUGGAGCACCCGGGGCAAGAAUCACCGUCCGAUCGCGUCCGUCGAGACUCACACCCGAAGCACCAUUCGCGCAAUCGCAGUCUCAGUGACUAUGCGCCCCCGGGCCGCGUGUCCGUGCCUCGCCCAAUUGCGGUCUCGGGCGCCGGUCCAAGCAUUGCUCCCUCUUCGAGUACCGAUUCAAAAUCCACGGGAUUGCACCGGGAACAGUAUUUAGCCGUCCAUCGUGGCAUCGCCUUGCCAGCUGUGCGCCCUCCCAGCCCUCCCCGCAGCAGUGGAAGUGGCUACGAUGAUAGCGACACGGAGCUUAUCAUCCAUCAUCCUACACCACUGUCCAAAUCGGAGGAAAUCUACUCGGUGAAGUCGAUUCGCACCCAGCAAGCCCGGCUGUAUCGCAAGAUCCGAGUGUUGGGUCAAGGCACGUUCAGCCAGGUCAGUCUGGCUGCUCGAGUCGAGCAAUUGCCCGAAGCCCCUCUAUCUCCAGAUACCGAUGGUGCUGCUGAAGUCACGCCCAUCGCGACCACUCAGAAGUUGGUGGCAGUGAAGAUCAUCGAGCAUGGCCCGGCAGGGGGAGCCGAUGAGGAGCGCCUAGAGGUCUCUUUGAAACGCGAAGUUGAGAUUUUGAAAUCAUUGAACCAUCCGUCCUUGGUUCAAUUAAAGGCAUUCGGCAGUGAUGACAAGCGCGCCCUGCUGGUGCUGGACUAUUGUCCCGGUGGGGAUCUCUUUGAAUUCGCGACUUCGGGCCACCGACCCAUGUCACCAGGCCUGAUUCGUCGCAUCUUCGCCGAGUUGGUCGGCGCAGUGCGUUAUCUGCAUUCCAAUUAUAUUGUUCAUCGGGACAUCAAACUCGAGAAUGUCCUCCUGACCAUGCCAAUCCCCGCCAUGGAUUCUGUCACGGACUGGACCACGUAUGAUCGCGCCGUGGUUACUCUCAGUGACCUUGGAUUGUCUCGACGUAUUCCCGAGCCACCAGAGAGCCCACUCUUGCAGACUCGGUGCGGUAGCGAGGAUUAUGCCGCGCCUGAGAUUCUGAUGGGCCAGCCCUAUGACGGCCGUGCAACCGAUGCAUGGGCUCUCGGGGUGCUGCUCUAUGCCAUCAUGGAGAAUCGUCUGCCAUUUGAUGUACUCCCCGGUACUCGUGGCGACCCGGCCAAGCUCCGCGCGCGUACUCCCCAUCGAAUUGCCCGGUGUGAGUGGAGCUGGUACCGAUACGCCAACGAGGAUGAGGAGUGGGAUCCCGAGAAAGCCGAAGGUCUCGACGGGGCCCAGCAUUGCGUCGAGGGUCUUCUGAAGCGCAACACCAAGCGGAAGACGCUCGAUGAGAUUGCAGCCAUUCCGUGGGUGCGAGAUGCCAUUGAUGUCCCUGCCGGACUGAAACGAGGCGACAGAGAGGUGCCAUAGAGCUGGUCUCCUUCCCUUCUUUGUUAGUUUCAAUAUUUUCUUCAUCCUAUUCUCCCUUUCGCUUCUUUUUCCUUCUCUUCUUCCUCUUCUUCUUACCUUUUGUUUCAACACCGACCUUUUCUCCACUUUGCAUAUAAUUUCCCUUCUUUCCACCUCUUUUGCUGGCUUUUCCUUUUUUUUCUAUUUUAUUUUUGGUUUCCAUUUUAUUGUUACGAGGCAUAUUGACAUGACCGAUGAGGUCGACCGAGAUCUUGGAAUUUUCUUUACACUGUUACUGUUAUGCCGUGGCUAGACCAGCUGUUAUACCCAUAUUACUACAUAAACACACACACACCUUGCCAUUCAAGGUAGAUUUGAGAGAGCGAGAGAGAUAAAUGCGAGAAAUGGAGGAUCUUUCUGUACAACAUACUGGUACUUGCUAGAGAUACUCGAAACCAUGCUACCUGAAGAGUGGAGCUCCCCAAUGACUCAAG